AUGACUAUUCAGAAUUCUUCAAUGGUUUUAUUGGCAACAGCGAUCGUGAUGGCAACAAGUGAUAAUUUGGAACAACAUGUAGCGAGAGUUUUAUGUGAUCCUGGUUCGCAGAUCAGUUUGAUAACAGAACGUUUGGCAAAUUCUCUACACCUACGAAGGACACGGUGCGAAGUGGAAGUGGAAGGUGUUGGUGCUUCUGUAAACACGCGGACAAAGGGUCUUGUAAGUGUGCAACUUCAUUCUACUCAUCACGAUUUUUCAAUGACUUUGAUUGCUUUAGUUAUUCCGACAAUAACGUCAAUUACUCCGACUCUGCGCGUCAAUUGCAAGCAAUGGAAACACCUUACGAAUUUAAACCUGGCUGAUCCAAAUUUUGGAAUACCUAGUGGUAUUGACAUCCUUCUCGGAGCAGAUUCGUGGGGUCUCAUUGUCGAGGCCGAUUUAAUCCGAGGAAAAUCGAAUGAGGAACCCUUUGCUCAACGAACUAAAUUUGGUUGGGUGGUAUUUGGUCCCACUUCACAAAUCUCAGCGAAUCAUAGUACUCAAAAAACUUUCAAUGUUUAUGUCAAAGAGGAUGAUGACAAUCUAAGUGACUUGCUUCAAGCCUUUUGGAAAUUGGAGGAGGUACCUGAGGGAAACCACGUCAACGAUAAUGAUUGCGAGCUUUUAUUCUCAACUACUUUCAAACGAACUUCAAAUGGAAGGUACUGUGUCAACAUUCCUUUCCGCAGUGAUGCCUUGGCCUUGGGAGGAUCUUAUCGGCAAGCUUUACGACAAUUUUAUUCAAUGGAACGACGCAUGACGACUGAUGAGGAGUUUCGUGCAAAUUAUCUGUCCUUUAUGAGGGAGUAUUUGGCCUUGGAUCAUAUGGAACCCUGUGAUCAACCUGGAGAUCAUGAAAAUUGUUAUUAUAUCCCACAUCAUGCUGUGACAGUUAAAUUUCGAGUGGUAUUCAACGCUUCCGCGCGAACUACAACUGGCGUAUCCCUCAAUGAUAUUCAGCUUGUUGGACCAACGCUCCAGGAGUCGCUUCUAAACAUCAUUUUUCGAUUUCGACGCUACAGAAUCGCACUCAACGCAGACAUCGAGAAAAUGUUUAGGCAAACACUUAUAACACCUGAGCAUCGAGAUUUUCAACGCAUCGUUUGGCGAGAGUCUCCCGAGGAACCAAUUGGAAUCUAUCGUCUGAAAACCGUGACAUACGGAAUGGCCAGUAGUCCCUACUUAGCAGUGCGUGCUUUGAAUCAAUGUGCAAAUGACAACUUUCAUCAAGUGGCUGAUCCCAUCCGGGCAGAAAUUGCUAGACAAGCUAUUCUCGAUUCAUUUUAUGUAGACGACUUCCUGACCAGUGCCAGAACGACGACACUUGCCGUACAGUUGUCUAAAGAUGUGUCAACGAUUCUUUCUGUUGGACAAUUGAAUCUGCGCAAGUGGAAUUCCAAUGACCCUGCGGUAAUUGAACAAAUCACUGGAGAAGCUGCAUCACCUGUGCCUUUGACAGUCAACAGUGUUUGCACUUCAGUUCUUGGCUUACUCUGGGAUCCUGUAACGGAUGAGCUUCUCUACAGUAUAGACUUUCCACAGUGCAACGAUCAACCAACGAAACGACGUGUCCUCAGUGCAAUAGCGCGAUUAUUCGAUCCAACAGGAUUGGUGGCACCUGUCAUUAUCACUGCAAAAAUCUUCAUCCAGAGCUUGUGGUUAUCGGGUAUUGAUUGGGACACUCCCCUUCCAGAAGAUUUGGCAAAGGAGUGGAACAUUUUUUGCAAUGGACUUUCUGAACUACAACAUCUGCGUGUUCCAAGGUGGGUGGGAAUGGAAGAAACAGAACAAACUAUGUUUUAUGGUUUUUGUGACGCUAGUACUCGCGCUUACGCAGCAGUGAUUUACACUCGCACUGUUGACGAAAAUGGACAAGUCAAAAUUGGAUUGUUAACAGCAAAAACGAAAGUGGCUCCAAAGAAGGGAGCAACUAUUCCACGAUUAGAACUCUGCGCAGCUCAGCUAUUGGCAUCAACUUGGGACAACGUGCGUACAUCUUUGCGCAUACAGGAUACAUCUUGCUUUUUAUGGUCCGAUUCUAGGAUUGUUCUUUGUUGGCUGAAUAAGCAGCCUUCCCAACUCAAGCCGUAUGUCGCUAAUAGAGUACGGCAAAUACAGUCAUUGACAACUCCAUCACAGUGGCAUCAUGUUCGCACAACUGAGAACCCAGCAGACUGCGCCAGCCGAGGACUGAAAGCAACAGAUCUCCUGAAACAUAAAUUAUGGUGGCAAGGUCCUCAGUGGCUGAACAGUGGUUUUCUGGAGCAAGAAGAAUCUACACAACCUUCUGUGUCCGAUCUUAUCGAUGUUCAAGAAGAGGAAAGGAUUUCUGUGCUGAUGGCAGUCACACAUUCACACACCCUAUCAAUCACGACUCGUCAAUUGGACGGAGAGCUAAUUCCACUCAUCACACGAUUCAGUAAUUUACGACGCCUUUUGGGAACAAUGGCAUUGGUGCGGCGUUGGAGCCCAUCCCGAAAACAUCUUUUACAUCAGUCGAUUAUCAGCGCAAGAGAAUUGGAUACGGCAUUGGAUCAUUUGAUUCGAGUUGAACAGAGCCAGGCAUUCAGUGUGGAACUUAAUGCCUUACGAAAAAAUCUUCCUCUUCCCUCUACUAGUCGAUUGGCUUCGCUUAAUCCGUAUGUGGAUGAUACAAGAAUUUUACGCCUUGGUGGUAGAAUUCGCAACGCCUCGCUUCCAGUCGGCAGCAGAUUCCCGAUCAUUCUUCCAAAGGACGGAUUAUUGGCUAAACUUCUCAUUCAACAAUCCCACAUUGACACAUUGCAUGGUGGAGCACAACUUAUGCUUCAAAAUCUACGUUCACGAUACUGGAUUUUACAAGCUCGUCAAGCAGCAAAAAGGUGUAUUAAUCAGUGUAUAAUUUGUCGACGAUUUCGAGGUCAAACAAUCACUCAACAAAUGGCCCCACUUCCAGGAGUUCGAGUGGGUGAGGAUGGAUCGCAGCUCCAGCCCUUUUUCGCAUCAGGACUCGAUUACUGUGGACCGUUUACAUUACGCGUGGGUGGUCCGCGAUCCAAGAUUACGAGCAAAACUUACUCUCUAAAUCUGAAUAUGUGA